GAUCACCAUUUCGCCUGAUGGAAGUAAUCGGCGUCGCCCAUGGACACCUGGAACACCAGAGGCAUUACAAGUGCGUUACCAUCUUUUUGGGGAUUAGGAGUUUGAGGAUCGUUGGCGAUUCAGGAAUUGGGGAGAUUGGGUAGGAUCAAUGGGGAUGAUGACAGGGCGUCCGGUAACCUCACUCACACGACGAAACACAACGCAAGCGUUACUUCACGUCGGUUUUCUGUGAGGCCGUGGUAUCACUCCGGUCGAGCCGGCCCAUUCGUGCCGAAGCAUGGCUCUCCCACACUAAACUUCACAAA